AUGAAAUUACUUCUUUCAGCUGUACUACUUUUCCUCGUUAUUUUUGAAGUUUUUGGUGAGGAAUUGGGUCCAAGAGAAGAUCUCGAUUAUUGGACGAGCAGUAAUCAAAUACAGGAUGAUUGGCUUCAGUCUGAUCCAUUUAGAGAGAUACUACGGCGAAUGACGAGAAAACCACGACCCCAUCAGUUCUUCGGCCUAAUGGGAAAGCGCUCCUCCGCAGCAAAUGCACAGAUCACCCGAAAAAGGCAUAAAAUCAACUCCUUUGUUGGACUAAUGGGGAAGAGGAGCCAGGAGGAACCAGAUUCAUAUGAAUGGGGCACAAUACAGAAUAUUGACAACAGACGUUAA